CCCGGCAUCGCCCUGGUGGGCUGUGGCAGCGGGGUCGUGCUGGCGUGGGAGCCCCGGGAAGGGCUCGUCCCCCGUGUGGGGGCAGGAGGCACCGUCCCGUCCCUGCCGGUCAUCUGAUUGCUCCCCAGCCCCAUGGCUAUAAAUGCACGGCCCCACUGCUGCCCCACGGAGAGCCCCGCGCUGCACUCAGCGCCGCCAUGGGCUGGAGCCGCUCCUUGCUGCUGCCGCUGCUGCUGCUGCUGCCCGCGGGGCCGCACUCUGCCCUGGCGCUCCUGCAGUACCGCUACGACUGCGGGGACUACGGCAUGCAGCUGCUGGCCUACCCCUCGCGGGGCCGCGCCGUCCGCUUCAAGGUCGUGGAUGAGUUUGGCACCCGCUUUGAAGUGGCCAACUGCUCCAUCUGCCUGCACUGGCUCAACACCGGGGCAGAUGGCGCGCUCGUCUUCUCCUCUGGCUAUGAGGGCUGCCACGUCCUGGUCAAGGAUGACCGCUAUGUCCUGAGGGUGCAGCUGGAGGAAACGCUGCUCAGCGGGGUGGCGGUCGCCUCCUACGAGGUGAACAUGACCUGCCCGCAGCCGGCUGACUACGAGACCGUCGCUGACACGAGCGUGCGUGGCCACCUCGAGUCCGUUCGGGGCAACGGCGUCCACCAGAGCCAGGCUGAUGUCCUCGUCCCCCAGCCCCAGGCUGGCCUCCUGCAGCACGUAUCCCAGUCCGCCCUGGCUGUCCCCGUCCCCCAGCUGCCCCCCCGACCCCCCAGGGACCAGGUUCACCCCGUGGUGCAGACACAGCCAGCUCUAGUGCACCCGGGGCUGCAGCGCCAGCCACAGCCCAGCCUGGGUCUCCCGGGGCUCCAGCCCCAGAACCAGCCAGGAGCAGCUCGCCCCCUCACCCAGCCCCAGCCAGGCUUCAUUCGCCCGGCUCUGCAAUCCCAGAACCAGCAUGGGGUGGUGCACCCCGGGGGGCAGACCCGCCCGGGCCUCCUUCGCCCGGGCCUUCAGCUCCAGAACCAGCCUGGGCUGCUGCAGCCGGGGGUGCAAACUCAGCCGGGUCUCCUUCGGCCAGGGCUUCAGCCCCCAAACCAGAAUGGCUUGGUGCACCCUGGGGGGCAAACCCAAACAGGUCUCCUUCGGCCGGGGCUUCAGCCCCAAAACCAGAAUGGCUUGGUGCACCCUGGGGGGCAAACCCAGCCAGGUCUCCUUCGGCCAGGGCUUCAGCCCCAAAACCAGAAUGGCUUGGUGCACCCUGGGGGGCAAACCCAGCCGGGUCUCCUUCGGCCAGGGCUUCAGCCCCAAAACCAGAAUGGCUUGGUGCACCCUGGGGUGCAAACCCAGCCGGGUCUCCUUCGGCCGGGGCUUCAGCCCCCAAACCAGAAUGGCUUGGUGCACCCUGGGGUGCAAACCCAGCUGGGUCUCCUUCGGCCAGGGCUUCAGCCCCCAAACCAGAAUGGCUUGGUGCACCCUGGGGGGCAAACCCAGCCAGGCCUCUUUCGCCCUGGGCUUCAGUCCCAAAACCAGAAUGGCUUGGUGCACCCUGGGGUACAAACCCAGCCGGGUCUCUUUCGCCCGGGGCUACAGCUCCAGCACCAGCCCGGGCUGGUGCCCCCCGGCCUGCAGCCUGGCUCGGUGCACGCCGGUGCUCAGACGCAAGCCGGCUUUUCACGCCCGGGGCUUCAGCCCCAAAGCCAGCCGGGCUCCGUUCUCCCCAGCCUCCAGUCCCACUCCCACGCCGGCCUCAUCCGCCCUGGCCUCCAGAGCCAGGCAGGGCUGCUGCAGCCCGGCCAGCCCCGACCGGGGCUGCUGCGACCGGCACUUGCGCCUCGGCCGGGGCUGGUGCGCCCGGGGCUGCAGCCGCAAGCCCAGCCGGGUCUGCUGCACCCCGGCCUUCACCCCCAGCCCGGUCUGCUGCGCCCCACGGCUCUCUUCUACCCCUCGGCAGGGGCAGGCACGCAGCUGACGCGGGAGCAGUGCCAGGUGGCAGCGGGGCGGCUGUCCUGCGUGGCCCCGUCGGGCCGCGAUGCCUGCCUGCAGGCGGGGUGCUGCUACGAUGACACGGACCGUGCAACGCCCUGCUAUUACGGCAACACAGCCACCGUGCAGUGCCUGCCGGAGGGGCACUUCGUGCUGGUGGUGCCGCGGGGCCUCUCCGUGCAGCCCUACAACCUGGACAGCGUGCGCCUGGCCAGCAGCACCCAGCCCGGCUGCCAGCCCGCCCAGGCCACCGAGACCUUCGUCAUGUUCCACUUCCCCGUCACGCAGUGCGGCACCACCGUGCAGGUGAUCGAGGACCGGCUGAUCUACGAGAACCAGCUCAUCUCCACCAUUGACGUCCAGCCGGGUCCCCGCGGCUCCAUCACGCGGGACAGCGUCUACAUCCUCCACGCCCGCUGCAUCUACAACGCCAGCGAGCUGCUGCCGCUGCGCCUGGAGGUGGCCGUGCCCCCCACCGCCGCCCCCAUGGCGCAGCCGGGGCCGCUGCGGCUGCAGCUGCGCAUCGCCACCGACGAGAGCUACAGCGCCUACCACACCGACGGCGACUACCCCCUGGUGAAGGUGCUGCGGGACCCCAUCUACGUGGAGGUCCGGCUGCUGCAGAAGACCGACCCCAACCUGGUGCUGGUGCUGCACCAGUGCUGGGCGUCCCCCAGCACCGGCCCGGCGGCCGAGCCCCAGUGGCCCAUCCUGGUGGACGGGUGUCCCUUCGCUGGGGACAACUACAGGACACAGCUGGUGCCGGUGGGACCCGCCUCGCCGCAGCUGCCCUUCCCCAGCCACUACCAGCGCUUCGUCGUCUCCACCUUUGCCUUCGUGGAGACCCCCUCCAUGGCGGUGCUGGAGGGAGAGGUGUACAUCUUGUGCAGCGCCUCGGUGUGCCACCUCGCACAGCCCGAGCCCUGCCGGCCCUCCUGCCAGCUGGCCGUGCCCUCCCGAGCCCGCCGGUCAGCGGGGGACAGGGGGACAGCGACCGCCGUGGGCACAGUCACCUCCCAGGGACGAGUCGUCUUCCCCAAGAGGCCUGCGGCGGGGAGAGGCUGAGCCCCGCGCUGCCGCUUCCCUGGGGCACUGGCUGCCCUCCUUCUCCUCCUUCUCCUUCUCCUCCUCCUCAGCCCCUGCCUCCGGGCCAGCCCCCUGGGUCCCCCUGGCCCUGGCGGCAAGCAGGAACCCCGAACAAUAAACCAGUGAAGAGCACGGCUGCGGCCGCAGGAUCGUAGUGUCUUGUCUGUGCAGGAGGGGAGCUCCAUCGCAAAAGAAAAGGCUGAAGCCUUGGAGCUGCCCUGGCCGCAAAUCCUCUGCCCCGUGGUCACUGCCCCUCAGACAGCUCAGAGCCAGGGGAGGGAGGGGAGCGCCCCGCCGCCCCUGCCCCUGCUCUCACCCCGCCCUGGCAGCAGCACACCCUUCCCCAGCGGGCUGAGCACGGCUAAGGUGAAUAAUUCUUUAUUUCCGUAACGAAACUAGGUAACUGCUUACAAAACCUGCACAGUCCCCCCCUUCCCUCCGCACAUCCCCCCACAACCCGUCACAAACUUCCACCCGCGCGUGGGUCGGAGCCGUUCGGUGCAUCAGUUACAGCCACGGAAGAGAAUCUAAAGCCAGAAAGACAAACACCAAAC